CGCCUCUGCCCCGCUUUGCGCUCCCAUUGGCUGCCACUGCCAUCCCUUUGCCCAAAGUGGGAGAAAUGGAUUUAAAGGGCCCCGGCGAGCUCAUUCCCUUCCCCAGACCUGAGCGACCAGCUCCCUCCUCGCCUACCCGCCGCGGCCGCCUCCGCCUCCGCUAACGUGGCUCUAGGGCGAAGGACAGCCCCGUGUUCGCGUGCACGCUGCCGCGUGCCCGUCAGGCCCUCGCCAUGAAGGUGCGCAGCCUCGCCUGAACGCGGCGGGAGGACCAUGUUGAGGCAACAACGCCCAGGCGAGGCGCAGCUGGGGACAGCCCUGUAUGAGCUGGUUGGCUACCGGCCGCCCUCCUCCGCCUUGCUCCAGCAAGUGCACGACCAGCCGGAGCCUGCUCCUGAGCAGCAGCCGGGGCUGGGCGGCGCCAGCGGCGGCAAGACGGAGCAGAAAAAGGAGCAGCAGCAGCUGAGGCGAAAGAUCAACAGCCGGGAGCGGAAGAGGAUGCAGGCGGAACUGGCCAUGGACGCGCUGCGGGAGGUGAUCAUGCCCUACUCGGCAGCCCACUGCCAGAGCCUCCCAGGCAGGAAGCUCUCCAAGAUCGCCACGCUGCUCCUGGCCAGGAACUACAUCCUCCUGCUGGGCAGCUCGCUGCAGGAGCUCAGGCGGAUCAUCGGGGAGAUGAGCGGCUCCGGGCCCAGGCUGCUGCUGGCCGGGCUGCCCCUCUUCGCCGCGCCGGGCUCCGUGCUGCUCACCCCGGGCAACCUGAACCACCCGGACAGCCUGCGGUCCGCCAACAAAUACCUCUCGCUGUCCCGAGAGCAGCAGUGCAGCCAGCUGCAUUUGGCCGGGGGCGCCAGCCUGUGCACCUGCGCGGUCUGCAAGUGCCCCCACUAUCCCUCCGGCCUCAGCCUAGCCGCCGUGCAGAGCAGUUCUCCAAGUGAUCGCAGGCGCGGGGCGGCGCGGGGGGGGGGGCCAGGCCGGGGACUGCAAGCUUCGUGCUCCGGCGCGCUGGGGGGGGGGGGUUCGGUGCGCUCCGGGCAGCUGCGAGGGAAGGCGGGCCCGGCUCUUGGCUGCCUCUUGGGAAGGGCCGCUGCGCAGCGCUCUGCGGCUCAGGCCUGCUGCGCUCCUGCAGGCGCGUGUGUGCAAGGGCCCGCUUUCAAAGCGGAGCCCAGCGGCAGAGCGAGCUCCCAGAGCCCCUCGGCGGGGAGAACCCGCGCUACGGGCUGCUGGGCUUGGGCUGCUGGGCUGGGCUGGCCGAGUGUCACGCCCGUGGAGCUGCGGGAGAUUCACUUGGGUUGUGCCAGCCCUGGCCUCGCGUCGCUAUAUCAGCGAUUGCCCGGGACCCCUGCAGGCAUCCCCCAGGUGAAAGGGGAGGCGAGGCCAGAUCGUUUGGACGCUCGAGUCGAAGAGAUGAAAGACCCGUUUAAUGGAGCAUCUUCUACAAUGUUUUAUUUAGCUAGGAGAGUGUCUCAUUACUGUAGAUGGAACUGCACCCUGGCUUCCUGAGCUAGCAUUCAGGGUAAUAAAGUAACCGGUCUUAAACAAGAUGUAGAGUUAAAGGUAGUACUAGGCAGUGGUUUAAAGGAGACGUUACUUUUUCUGUGCAGUAACUUUCUCUUUCAGUAGCCUAACCGAAGCAGAAUCCAACUUGUUACCUACUUGCGAUUCAUUUAGAGUCCUAGAAAUGUAGGACUGGAAAAGGGACCUCCAUCGUUAGGAAUCUGAAUCUUUAGAACUGAACCAGGUGGGGGGGUUUUAAGUCUUGUGCGGGGGAGCAGCUUGUUAUAUUUCUAGAUUGGUUUAACCACCAACAUUUGAGCGUUGCUUGCAAAACAUAAUGCCACCUUGAACACAAAUAAGGACCACAAGUUACUAAAAAGGAGGGAAUGCGUUGCUGACGAUAUGCAUUAAUCCAGAGAGAUAAUCAAUUAACCGAUCUAAUAGAGGAAAAUAAGGUAGGACCACUAUUUUAGGAAAGCAAAAGUUGCUCCCCCUAUCCCAUACUGUGUUAAUCCACAUGCUGCUUUCAGAGGCAGCGUUAUUACUGCAGAUUUCUAAGAAUAGACAAGGUCAAUUCUGAAAACACUUUUAACAAGGUUUUGAAAAGUAAAGAAAGCAGAGGGUUUCUUCAUAGCCAGCCUGUACAUUAGUAAAAGACACUGCAAAGAACAUGAAUCCUCAAUACAUAUACUAAACAAGUGAUAUGUACAUUUAAAAGCCAUGUUUAUGAUUUUUAUACACUUAUUUCUGGGAAUGAUUUUCCUUGUUUUGUUGCUGUGUAGUUUAUUUUAAUGGCAUAUUUUAACUGUAGUGUUUUAUCACUGUGUCACCCUUUUACUUGGAAUGUACAGUCAUAAUAAAAUCACGAUUCCCUGGA